GUCGUCACAAAUGGUGGGCGUCUCAAUCGCUUUCCUCAUACCCGUAUGGGUGUCCAUAUUUCUUCGUAUCUAUGUCAGAGUCUUUAUGGCGAAAGCUUUCGGCUGGGACGAUGGAAUAAUGAUAUUCGCUGCAAUGUCUUUCACCUCUUUCGCCGCAUUGUUAAUCGUCAUUGCCGAGUAUAGUUACAAUCAGACGGUCGUUGAAGCAUAUACGACAUUAGACUUCAUCGGCAUUUGGAAUGCUCUCACGACGGCACUUGAGAUAUCCAUUGCCAUCUUCUUCCUACGCAUCGUUGUCGCGAAGUGGCAGCGCAGACUUAUUGUAAUUCCAACAGCAAUCUUCACGGCAUACAGCAUUGCCUACAUAUUUAUCACCACUUUCCGGUGUGGCCAACCCAAAGACAUACUUCUCAACACUGCAAGAGGAAAAUGCCUUCCGAUCAGUAUAGUUUCGCCGCUGCUAUAUGUCUCGGGUAUCUCCAACGCUUUGAUGGAUGUGAUGUUCGCAUGUCUGCCUACAACUAUCCUCUGGCAUAGUCAGAUGCCGAAAAAGACCAAGAUCUCUUGCUGCAUACUGUUGAGUAUGGGAGGCUUAAGCUGCGUUGCCUCUAUUAUUCGGGUUGGACUUUUGAGUGGCGUGUCCGAUCAAGCUCAUUACUUCAGUAACGCUAUCAACACGGCUCUAGUAUCCAUUGUUGAAUCUGGAUUGGCCAUCACGGCGGCUUCUCUCGGAACGCUGAGACCCUUGUUCCAGGCCGUGGCAGAGAAAACAUCACUCCCCAGCUGGCAAAGCUCCAACAGCAAGUAUUCUGCC